AUGGUUAGUUGUGGUAUUGAAUAUGUCACUGUGUGUGAAGCUACAGGAAACAGGCUCUGCGAUGGCAUCCCGGACAAGAACCCAGACUGCAAGGAGGAGGCAGAGCGGAAGUUUAAGGAGCUGGCUGAGGCCUACGAAGUUCUGUCAGACCGGAGAAAACGAGAGGCGUAUGAUACCUAUGGCAAAGACAGAAUUCCCAACAACACAGGCUCCAGUAGCCAUCCCGCUCCAGAAGACUUCCCAGGGUUCACCUUUACAUUCCGGAGUCCAGAGGAAGUGUUUCAGGAAUUCUUUGGAGGCCAGGAUCCUUUUGCAAAUUUCUUCGAUGACUUUGCCUUCGGAGGAGGGAUGCACAGUGGCUUCCAUGGACAUCCUGGCACUUCGAGGCUCGGCCCAAGCCGGUUUUUCUCCUUCCCCUCUGCUGGAGUGCACGACUUCACCCGUUCCUCCUCCUCCUCCCUCUUCACAGUGCACGACUCCCUCACCUCUUCCUCCUCCCUCUUUCAAG